AUGGAUUUCACUAAGAAAUAUUGUUGUAUUGAAAGAAAAAAGAAUGAUUUUGCAAUUUGCCGGACGAAAGACAUUUAUUAUCAAGAUGAAAAUGGCUUACAUCCGAUUACAACAGCUGAUCAUGAAGUGACAACCUUUUACAUACUGGAUAAUGCACGGAAACCAGUGGCUAUUGAAAAUUUAAAAGAAUGUGGUGAUGACAAAGAUGCAUUGAAGAAAUCUAUUGAUUCAAAACACAGAGUUAAAAUUAUGAGAAGCUUAUCGAUUGAGAAGCCACCGGAAAAUCAACAGCAAAAAAAAUUGAGAAUAAGUCGGGUAGAAAAGGCGGAUAUAAUUUUAAAAAGAAAACAGAUUAAUAAUGCAACUAAGCAAGUUAUUACUGAUGGUGAUGGCCAGUAUUUAAAAUUUGUGCAGAAGCAACAAGUUGUCAAAAAUAAUCUCAUUUCUGAUUCUACGUCAAAACAUUCGGAAGAGGGUUUUUCGACGCUGGAUAUUUCAGAGGACAUGUUCGAAGACGAUCUUCAAGAUUCGAGUGAACUGCGUCAAGCGAAUGAUGAUGAUUUCGAAGUUCUUAUGGAUACUGAAUUACCUGUAAUAGAUUUCGUGCCUCUUUCUUCUUCGUCACCAAUACACUUUGCGAUUUCUGCUCAUAAUGAUCAUAAUGAAUCAGAUAGUUUCGUUGUACCAGAUUCUGAUGAUCCAGACUCUCGCCAUACUUCUCAAUCGAAAAUUAAUUCACGCAAUCCGGCUGGUUUCAUAAAUGAUUCAGACUCUGAAGGGAGCUACGAUAAUUAUCAAAAUCAGAAUAAUUCUCAAAAUCUGAAUAAUUCUGAAAAUCAGAAUAAUUCUGAAAAUCAGGAUAAUUCUCAAAAUCAGAAUAGUUCUGAAAAUCAGAAUAAUUCUCAAAAUCUGAAUAAUUCUGGAAAUGAGAAUGACAAUAGAGUUAAUAAUAGAGAAGUAAACAAUAAUGAGACGUCAGCUACAAUACAUCAACCACUGGUUGAAAAUUUUUUUGAAAAUUUAUGGCCUGAAGCGAGCAGUUCUUCGUCAAACGAAAGAGAAUCAUUUGUCAGUAUAGGACAAGUAAAAACCUGCCUCAAAGAGUUUGGUGGAGAGCUUAUAAAAACCAUGGCUCAAAUGCAGAAUUCUCAAAAACCUUCGGAGGAAUUCGAGAUGCCACCCGUGCAAAAUAAUAAGAUAGAGAUUUUAGGAAGACAACUCGAUGCUGAUGAAGUUUUUCAAGCAAAAGAUGUUGUUAGUAUGAGAAAAUGUGUAAAUCACAUAACUCGUGCAUAUUGGCCAUCGGAAAUAAGGAAAAAGCUUGUCUUAAGUUCACGAAGAGGACAAGUGAAUAGAACGACAAUUAAACAAGAGGAUAUCGAUAAAAUAAAAAGAAAGAUUAAUUGA